AUGCCUGGCAUGAACCUAGACUUCCUGUCGGCCUCAGAGGCUCCACAGCCUCUGGUGGGCAGCCCAGACAGCCUAUGUGUGGAGUCUGGUCUGGAGAAGGUGAUCGGGGACCUGCUAGCCCAAGAGCAGGCUGAGGAGGAGGUGGGUGAGGGGGCCGAGUGUGGGCUAGAGCUGACACUGCGCUGUGCCGUGGGGGAGAUCCACACUGACCCGCAGGCUUUUGGGAAGCGGGUGGAUGCACGGCUAAAGGAGGCUGCGGAACGUGUGGCUCCUCUCUCCACAGCUCUGGCAGCUCUGCAGGAGGAGAACCUGAGGAUGCGUAUCCAGCAGGAGAGGCUUGCCCGCCAGGUGGAAGCUCUGUGUCAGGCCAUGGGGCAGCCUGAACCCCCACCUUACACAGCCUUUGUCCCGGAGCCCACACCCAAUGACCUCCAACUUCCAUCCAGCACACUCCUCAGCCCUAAAACACCCGAUGGGCUAGACUGGGAACCUGAGGCCGUCCCUGUCCCCCACCGUCCCACCUUUGCCACACGUCGCUCUUCCUCCACCUCCUCUCUGAUAGGACUAGGUGGCAUCUCACGUAGCAACAGCAUGGUACGCCGCUCUCUCUCUGGCUGAAUGGACCCCCUCCCGCCAUCAUAUUUAUCGUCAUAAUUUCCAGCCUUUUACUCUUUACUGACGCUCUCUUCGCUAUCCCUCUUUGAUAUUUACCUCUAAUCUGACGUCUUGAAUAACACAUUUUCCCAUCUCUCACUGGUACUAAUGAGCAUCUGAUCAGUCUAGAUUUGUUGAUGGUUUUAUUGGCUGUACUAGUGCUUCGCUUGACAGCUUCAGUCUGCAGAUUAGAGCACGUUGUCAGUGUCGAUGGGUAGUUACAUCUCAGUUUUGGUUAUCAUGGGGGUAUCAUUGUGUAGAAGUGGAUUUACCCGUAACUAACCAGCUUUAUCUGCAUGCUUUUCUGUAGUCCCUCCUUCUUUCCUUCUGUCUUUUCCCACCCUCUAUCAUGAGGACAAUUCCAACAGGUUCUCUUAUCAUCCCACAUCAUCCCCUCCCAUCCACAAUGCAUGACCUUCUCUCUUUUCUCUCACUCUUUCAUGCCAGCUCCUCAAUCAUUGUCUGUUAGUGUGUCAACUGUGUUUGUCACUGAUGUGCUUUAAUUCCAUUGGGUGGAUGAUGGGGUUUGUGAAGCUGCCCUGGCAGAACCUGGCAGAGUGUUUGUUUGCAUGUGUUCCUGUUUGUGUCCGUGUUCUGUCAGGGGAAAUGUGUCAGGGGACACACUUCCUGUGCUGUGCUGGGAGGAAGUAUCCUGUUUGCUGUCAUUUAAUCUUCUGAGUAACAGCCUGGUCAUGAUGAUAGCCUCUGGUCUACUGCCGAAAAACCCUGGGCUCCUUAAGUUUCUUUGGCACGCUCCUCAGAAGAAGUCCCAAACAUUGUGUUGGACUUGUGGCUCAGAGUUCGCACUUCACAGUGCUCCUGGUCAGAUACUGAACCAUACCCCUCUCUGUGGCCAAAUUAUGGUUCACAGCCUGGGUGCACUCUCUGAAUACAUCUCAGGUGUGUAACACCAAUGUCACACCAUCUCCAAUCUUCUAGAGGCAGUCAGAGUGAUCUUGAACCCUGCAGCCUGUUGUAGUCCAGGUCAAGAAGGUCAGCUCUGCUCUGUUGUGACUGGGGUAAAGGGAAAGCCAGCCAAAGAGCUGUGAACUUAGAGGCUCUCUUUCUGCCCUCUGUUACUUACCUUCUAAUCGUUCUAAUGGUAUUAAACACAGGUACAGCUAACACUGAUAGGCUCUGAAACCUGCCGACCUCUCUGCUGUUUUGGUCAUGAGUGACAGUGUUGUGUGUGUUGAUUACAUUUUAAGGGAUAUUGAAGGGUAUUUAUUUGGUAUUACCUGUAGUUAUUCAGCUGGACAGGGUUCUUAGGCCUAGUAAUGCUCCCAGUCCAGCUGGUCCUGUCCAUCAGCCUCUCCAGGCCCAGGGAAGCUGUUCUCUUUGAGUUCAGCCAUGUCACAGAUGGAUGACUGGGGUGCAUGGAGGCUGACCUUACCCGACCCCUACUCUUCACAAUGUGGUAGUAUACAGAUACACUUCUGCCUCACCAGCUUACAUAACCUAGUCCUGUAGGUCAAUACAGACACUUUCAAUGGCAUAAUGUUAGACACACCAGACACCCUUAGCAUAUGUCCACUCUCACGCUCAUUAAAGAAACUGGAAACCCAUCUUUCUUCCCAACAUUUAAUUAUUCAUCAUAUAUGCAGUUGUGUUUCCCCAGUGCUUACAUAACCUAGUCCUAUAGGUCUAUAGACACUUUCACACACUGGCAUAGUGUUAGGCACACCAGCCACUCUGAACAUGAGGUCCACUCUCACACUCUCAUAGAAGAAGAAAAUACAAUAUGUCUCCCUAGGGUACGAUAACUGUUACCCUAAUCACCAAUUAAUUAUAUAACCAUUUAAAGUGAAUCUGUCCUCUCCCUCACCCUUAACCCCACCAUGGCCACACUCUCUUCCAGUGAGGCCUUGUUUGUUUGGCAGGGCCAUGUCCAAUAACAUUCCACUGCGGUCAAGUGGCUCUCACUAGGACCUGUCCCAUGGGUCAGACCCCUGAGUCUCAGUCCAGACCUCCAGAACCAGAGGCCACCCUGGAUCACACAGCUCUGGCUGUACUGGGGCUGGGUGGGCACCCUCUCCCUGGCUGGACUCUCUGAGAAGAGAGAGGGGGUGGAGGGUGGGAGCUGAUGGGGAUAGUGCCAGCUGUCUGGGGCUAAAUCUGGACCUGGACUCUGUUACAACAAAGGCAAUAGUCUAGAGGCAGACCAGCCCAGCCUCUAUAGUCUGCAGAAGGCAUGUGGCACCAUAUGGAAAUCUAUUUGAGGUGUUAUCUAUAGGCUUUAUGGCCACUUAAAAUACAUGGUUAAAAAGCCAGACAGUGGUAUCUUAAUGGAAGACUAUGCUGUGUUUAUGUCCAUGUCCCAUCUCCUUUCUUCGCUUGUCAGCAGCGGAGGCACAUAAAAACCCUACAUCUCUCUCCUGACUGUUACAGCACUGACUGAGUGCGCUAUCUGCUUCUGGACAAUGUGAUUGUGCUUUUACAGUGAUGUAGUGUGUAUAGUCCUGUAUCCUGUAGGAGGAUGGAGCUGGUGUCUAUCCUACACAGUUUACAUUAAUGCAGCUCUCCGGGCCCAUAGCCAAAGUAGUGCUUUACCGCUGUGACAUGACAUGAGCCCUCUGUUCAUGGAAGCCUCGUACUGUUUAGACCGACUGAGAGGGCGUCAGUCAGAAGUGGUCAGUGAAGGGUGAGCUAACUGUUGCUUGGCAGGGUAUUGUGCCCCCUGCUGUACAGUCGUGGUCAAUAGUUUUGAGAAUGACACAAAUAUAAAUUUUCACAAAGUCUGCUGCCUCAGUUUUUAUGAUGGCAAUUUGCAUAUACUCCAGAAUGUUAUGAAGAGUGAUCAGAUGAAUUGCAAUUAAUUGCAAAGUCCCUCUUUGCCAUGAAAAUGAACUUAAUCCCAAAAAAAACAUUUCCACUGCAUUUCAGCCCUGCCACAAAAGGACCAGCUGACAUCAUGUCAGUGAUUCUCUCGUUAACACAGGUGAGAGUGUUGACGAGGACAAGGCUGGAGAUCACUCUGUCAUGCUGAUUGAGUUAGAAUAACAGACUGGAAGCUUUAAAAGGACGGUGGUGCUUGAAAUCAUUGUUCUUCCUCUGUUAACCAUGGUUACUUGCAAGGAAACAUGUGCCGUCAUCAUUGCUUUGCACAAAAAGGGCUUCACAGGCAAGGAUAUUGCUGCUAGUAAGAUUGCACCUAAAUCAACCAUUUAUCGGAUCAUCAAGAACUUCAAGGAGAGAGGUUCAAUUGUUGUGAAGAAGGCUUCAGGGCGCCCAAGAAAGUCCAGCAAGCGCCAGGACCGUCUCAUAAAGUUGAUUCAGCUGCGGGAUCGGGGCACCACCAGUGCAGAGCUUGCUCAGGAAUGGCAGCAGGCAGGUGUGAGUGCAUCUGCACACACAGUGAGGCGAAGACUUUUGGAGGAUAGCCUGGUGUCAAGAAGGCAGCGAGGAAGCCACUUCUCUCCAGGACAGACUGAUAUUCUGCAAAAGGUACAGGGAUUGGACUGCUGAGGACUGGGGUAAAGUCAUUUUCUCUGAUGAAUCCCCUUUCCGAUUGUUUGGAGCAUCCGGAAAAAAGCUUGUCCGGAGAAGAAAAGGUGAGCGCUACCAUCAGUCCUGUGUCAUGCCAACAGUAAAGCAUCCUGAGACCAUUCAUGUGUGGGGUUGCUUCACAGUUUUGCCUAAGAACACAGCCAUGAAUAAAGAAUGGUACCAACACAUCCUCAGAGAGCAACUUCUCCCAACCAUCCAAGAACAGUUUGGUGACGAACAAUGCCUUUUCCAGCAUGAUGGAGCACCUUGCCAUAAGGCAAAAGUGAUAACUAAGUGGCUCGGGGAACAAAACAUCGACAUUUUGGGUCCAUGGCCAGGAAACUCCCCAGACCUUAAUCCCAUUGAGAACUUGUGGUCGAUCCUCAAGAGGCGGGUGGACAAACAAAACCCCACAAAUUCUGACAAACUCCAAGCAUUGAUAAUGAAAGAAUGGGCUGCCAUCAGUCAGGAUGUGGCCCAGAAGUUAAUUGACAGCAUGCCAGGGCGGAUUGCAGAGGUCUUGAAAAAGAAGGGUCAACACUGCAAAUAUUGACUCUUUGCAUAAACUUAAUGUAAUUGUCAAUAAAAAGCCUUUGACACUAAUGGAAUGCUUGUAAUUAUACUUCAGUAUACCAUAGUAACAUCUGACAAAAAUAUCUAAAAACACUGAAGCAGCAAACUUUGUGAAGACCAAUACUUGUGUCAUUCUCCAAACUUUUGACCACGACUGUAUACAAAUCCUCACUCUCUGAGACAAAGACGGAGGAGCUGGAGGGCCUGGAGGGGCAUGAGGGGUGUGAAAGUGUACAUGCUCCCCCUCCCACCACCGAAGGUUCCAGGAAGUUUUCCUGAAAUCCUCCGGUGCUCAUUCUGUCCUAAAUGUCAGCAAGCCUCUGUGUCUUUUCUGUAAACACAGCUGUAGGGAUUGAUGGAUCGGAAGCCUCCCUUUUUUGUCUCUCCCCUGGCCUGGUGUGUCCUGGUCCUAUGGUUUGUCAUCAGCUUGGGAAUGGUGUUUGAGUAUGAUCGACCUCCAACGCUACUGGGCUUUUGUAUGUGUUUAUAUAUGUGCUGCCACUGACAUUGACCCUUAGCUAAGGAUAAAAAGAUGGCCAUGGUUUUCAAACUCACAGUCUAAAAUGGAUGACAAUCCUUAUUUAAAAGCUGUAUAACCUGAAAAUAAUCCAUAAUUCCCUCGUAGAUGGCCUCAGAGCCAGUGUUUGCAGUGGAGCCCUCAGUGCAGGUGGCCUGCUCUCAGCCCCCGGCUGCUGUACCCAACGGCUCCUCUGCGCCUCGGGCCAAAUUCGAAGAGUGCUCCAGAGAACUGACCGCAGAACAGCUGGCCGCCAUCGACGAUGAAGAGCUCCUGGAUAAAAUGGUACUUUCCCCUCCCCCAUAUCACACACACUCUUAGUCCUUAAAUCCCCAGACCUAGAUUUGUUGGAAUCUGGUCUUUUUGUGUAUUAUUGAGGGGUUAUAUCUGGUCUGCUGUGAGAGUUUACAUUUGGAAUGGUCAUACCCUUACAUUUCGGUCUGUGUGUGUGUGUGUGUGUGUGUGUGUGUGUGUGUGUGUGUGUGUGUGUGUGUGUGUGUGUGUGUGUACUACACUGUGUAUGAGUGUGCUGUAUGUGUGUAUUUGGAGCUAUGUAACAGAGUUUGUCUGUAGACCGACCCCUCUCAUUCUUCCCCACAGCUGGAUGAGUCCAAGGACUUUGAGGAGAGGAAGAUGAUCCGACAGGCCAUGAGAGAUCUGCGUAAGAGGAGGAGAGGUGAGAGUGACCACAGCCAGACUAACAAACCUCCUGUCCAUUCCCUCUCUCCAACUUCUAGCACCCCUUUCUCAAUCUCUCACUCUCCACUUACCUGACCACUCUAUCCCUCAACCAAAUUUCUUCAUUUACUGCUUUUUUUCAUUCUUCCUUCCUUAUCCAUUUCUUUGUUCUUUCUUCAUAUUUUUUGCCGUCUUUUCUUCAUCAUUGUCUUCCUUUUAUCAUUAUUUUAACUGCUGGGUCUCUCUGCUGGUAGAUGACCUUCAUCAAAUCUAGUCUGCAUUAUGUACCUGCCUCAUCUCUCGUCAUUUCCAUCCACUUAUUUUCACAUUCUCGCAUCCUGCUCUCAGAGGCCGAACUGGGAUGUAAGGAGGAAAUAGGUAGGAACGUCCUGUGUGUUUGUGUGGACUACAGUGAGGAAAAAAAGUAUUUGAUCCCCUGCUGAUUUUGUACGUUUGCCCACUGACAAAGAAAUGAUAACAUUUUUGACAUGCGUUUUUCUGGAUUCUUUUGUUGUUAUUCUGUCUCUCACUGUUCAAAUAAACCUACCAUUAAAAUUAUAGACUGAUCAUUUCUUUGUCAGUGGGCAAACGUACAAAAUCAGCAGGGGAUCCAAUACUUUUUUCCCUCACUGUAUAUUAAUACAGUAUGCAUCUGUGUUUGUCAUUUGUCAAUGUCCGACUUGGUUGUAUACCCUCAUUGUCAACCAUACUGUCCUACCAGUGCUGUUAUUGAGCUUGACGCUCAUCAUUGAGUUUUCUCAGUGAUACACAUUGAUCAUGAACUGACCAGCAAAACACGUGAACAUGGGGAACCUGUAUGGUGGACGAUGAGGGAUAUGUUAAUACGUCUGUUGAAACGCAUGAGUCAUGAUGUUUGUACAUGUUUGUGUGACUACCCAGCACUCACCAGGUUGCCAUAUGUGAUAUAUCAGGGUGACACGGCACAUUAGGGUUCACUCACUGCCUCAGGGAAAACACACCUCAGGUUGUUCCACAUAUGGCUGGCUGGGUGCAUAGUGCUGACUGCUCGUUGACACUCCAGAAAGGACUCAGAACUCGGUGUCAGAGAAGGUUCCUUGGGCUCAGUAGCUCACCACCCAGUUUAUCCCUGUAUUGCCCUUAACCCUAGCCAGUAAAUGAGAGACCUGAGGAAUAUAGUUCAGUGAUAAUGAGAGCUUUACUGUGGGUCUGGGGCAUAGGAAGGUAAAUGGACAGGUAAGACUGCUAGAGCGCCGAGGCAUCGGGUAGCUGUACUGGUGUUAAUGUUUAGUUUAGCUUUAUAGCAGAGAGGGGCUGUCAGCUUGCCUCUUCUCCUCCCUCUUUUUCCACUGACCUUCUCCCUCCCUCCGUCCCUCCUGUCCUCCAUCUCAGACCAGAGAGAAAAGGAGCGGGAGUGUCGUCUUGCGGAGCUUCGGCAGCAGAGAGAGGAGCAUGCUCAGAAGGGUCGUACGGGAGGAGGAGGAGCUGGAGAGGUGGUGAUGAGGAAGGUGGAGAAGUCAGCUGAUGGCUCCACCCUCAGCCAAGUCACCAAGACAGACCGCUUCGCCCAGUCUGGUAGGCCAAUCAUACACCAUGUCUUAGGCUGACAACAUUAACAGUGCAUGAUCUUCCCAAGUCCGUUGAAAUACUUCAAAUGUAUUUCUAUGUUUGUGUGUCUAGGUGAUGGCAGCAGGACAGCUCACAGCACCAUCAUGGAGGCCAGUUAUGUGAAGAAAACAGACGGUGAGUCAACACAUCUUCCUCCUAAUUUAAAUCAGCAUUUUCUAUCAUCAUCAUCAUCAUCAUUUGAUUACUAUCACUCUUUUCAUCCAUAUAUGGUGUUGUGUGAUCUCACCACCAUCACCUCCCUGUGUUCUCUAGUGGGGACAGUUCAGUCCAAGUCCUACAGCUAUUCCUCCUCUACCUCCAGCAGCAGCUCCACCAGGAAAGUGGGCAGGUGAGCGCUGAACCCAUAGAUGCAAUAUAAUACUGUGUUGUAUUGAAUUCUGUGGCUGAACCCUCCUCCUCAGCAACCCCUAUAGGAUUAACUGAUAUUGUGUUGAACAGUAAUUUACCCCUUCUCUCUCUUCCUCCCUCCUCCCUUCUUCCAUCCAUCAGUGUGUUUGACCGCGAGGACGACUCGGCGUCCCGUGCUGCGGAGCGCCGGCAGGCAGAGAAGCGCAAGGAGCUGAUUAGAGCCCAGACUCUGCCCAAGACGUCCGCCGCACAGUCCCGCAAAGCCAUGAUAGAGAAACUGGACAAGGAGAGCGGAGGGUAAGGAUAGAAAGAACUGAGAAUAGUAAAGAAGGAGAAAACGUCAAUACUAACAUAAACCAAUCCCCCUUCUUCAGGCCAGGAAAUAAAGCAGUUGCCAAGGUGAACACGGUCCAGCGCUCAGCUAGCUGUGUGGUGCCCAAUGCCAACUCCAUCAAACAGAUGCUGCUGGACUGGUGCCGCGCCAAGACCCGCUCAUAUGAGGUGAGCCAACCCGCCAUGGCACCAUCCUGAGUGUCCAGUCUACUUAAAGAUCUGAGGCAUUCACACUUUAGUUCAUCCUGCUAUGAGGGUUAGGCCUUUUCUAUAACCCCUCUACUGCAAGCAAAACAUGCCACCAUGUAUUCUCUGUCAGCAGUGCUGUGGUCUCUCACAUACUCUUAGGUCUAUUGGGUGACCAAUGGCAUUGGCUCAUGAUUUGUGACUGAAUCAUGUCUCUCCUCUUUUUCUUCUUUCCUCCUCUUUCGCCCUGCAGAAUGUGGACAUCCAGAACUUCUCGUCCAGUUGGAGUGAUGGCAUGGCAUUCUGUGCCCUGGUGCAUAACUUCUUCCCAGAGGCCUUCGACUACUCCUCUCUCACCCCUGCCAACCGCAGACACAACUUUGAGGUGGCCUUCAGCACUGCAGAGUGAGUACACACAUACACAAAUACAUACACUUGUAAACUGUACGUCAUGUGUGCACUCAUAGAUGUACUGAAUGUCAUGUCUUGGAGUGUGAUAUUGAAUCAGAACUUCAGACCUGGGCUACAUGGAAGCUUCACUCUUGGAGUUGCCCCGUGGCCAUUUACAGCAAAAUGGACAAGGAUCUGUGUUCACCAUCUUCUAAACAUCCUCCGUCCCCAAGACCAUCAAUCGUCUGACCACCCCAAGGCUCUGUUUUUGGGGAAGUAGAUCCACUGUAGCUGUCUAGCCAACUCUUUGCCCACACAUUGAACUCAAAAUCGGUCAAACAUCUUGAGAACCCAAAGACAAACUACUUCCCUCGCCUUUCUCUGCCCAAAACCAACACACUCCUCUUUCUCUGAACAGAUUUGAUCCCUCUAUUGGGUAUGUUUGUUUGACCUCUGAAAGAUCAACACUGAGCUGCCAGUCUAUGGAUUCCACAGGCUCAACAGUACAGGACCUCUGGGUUCUCACCACCCUCUCUUAGCCUUGCUACCACCUAACUACCCCUCCACAUACAGUAGUAAGACUGUCUGCCUGAGGGAGGAAGAGAAUGUGCAUCCACAGGAUUCAGCCUUUUGGAUUCAGCUAUUUUACUCAACUCACUAUGUGUCAAAGGGCCUACAGUGAGAGGGUUGGGAAGGGCCAGGGCCCACUGCUCAGUUUUAUCCCUCCUCUCUCUCUCAGGUCAAUCAAGUCAGCUUCUGGAUCUACUACUACUACUAUGUCCUGUACCUCUAAACCUCCACUCUCCAUCCACUCUCUCCUCUCAGAGAUGCUCUCCUCAGUAACCGCUGUGUGAUGUGACCCUCCGUCCACCAAUCCUGAUCUAAACCAGGAAACUCCUGAGACUGACCCCUUCCCAACAACCACCAGGUUACUACAGUACAGGAAGAGCACUCGACUGACUGCCUCCCAGACCCCUCUCCUUCCCUCUCUCCUUUAAUCUGUCCAUCUCCUCCUCCUCCUCUUCCUCACUCCACCUCUGUCAUCUCGUUUUCUGAUGAGGUCAUGUACUGUCAACCUUUUCCCUGUCACCCACCAGUGUCUGCUGAGUUCACCUGUUAAGACCAUGAUGACGUAACCACCGGAUUGUCAAACACGUGUUCCUCCUAGCUACCCCCACAACCCCCUCUUUGUCACUGUGCUGCACUGUCACUCCUUUCCCUGGGCACCAACCUCACCCCCUCCUCCCCCACAACCUGCCAGUGUGCCUCAUCUGGAACCCUCUCACACACCCCUCCAACACACACACACCACCCUGUGCACCACCAGUGUGUUUCUCUUCUAGGUUCACCCUGUGGUCCAUGUCUUUGUCAUUGUAGAAUUCUUGUUGUUUUGUCCUUGUCUCUUGUUUUUGUACUGGACAAAACAAAGCCAAUGUUCUAUUGUUGAUGUCCCUAUACCCCCAUGUCAAAGUCUUUUGUCUCAGUGCACAAAAAUAGAAAACAAACAAACAAAACUGCAAAAUGGACGUCGCCUGACGCUUCAUUUUCCAUUUUGUGUCUGCGUGUGUGCGCGCAUAUGUGUCAUGUUGUUCAUGAAGCAUGUCAACUCAUGGAUAUGCCUGUCAACACAGACCAUGUAAUGUUAUCCUUUCUUUUUCUUUUCUCUCUCUCCCUCUCUCCACACCCUGGGUAUUCCUCUUGUUUGGCUACUCACUGCUUUACUAUUUCUCUCUUCCUUCUGUCUAUCUGUUGACUUAUAUCUGUACCUUCUCGCUAUAUAUUUCCGGCUCUUUUUCUGUCUCUCUCUCUUCCUCCCUCUUCUCUUUCUCUCCCCUUCCCUCGCCCCCCUCUCUCCCCCUGCUCCCUCCGGGGUGCGGGUGCAGGAAGCUGGCUGACUGUCCCGAGCUGUUGGACGUGGAGGACAUGGUGCGGAUGCGUGAGCCGGAUUGGAAGUGUGUGUACACGUACCUGCAGGAGUUCUACAGGGGCCUGGUGACCAAGGGCCUGGUUAAAACCAAAAACUCCUCCUAAAGUCGCACCCCUAGGACCCCAAAUGCACUCAUGGUGAGAGAGGGAACAGGCCCACGGAGGAACCUCACGCUGGUGCUGGGGGUUUAUGGGGUGGGAUUGGUGGGAGAUAUGUGUGAGAUUCUCAAUUGGGGAAAAGUCUGUCCUUUACUCGACUCCUCAGUCCUCCUCUCCGCCGUGACCCAGAAACCAAUGAGUUUCAAUUCUUUAAUAGGUGAAGGGAGGAGUUUCCUCAUCUCCUAGAUUGCCUCCUCCAGCAGAGGGUACCGAAGUGUUUCCUGCGCAGAAGAGUUUUGAAAUCUGCCUCACCCUCUUGAAUCAGCUGUUUACUCAGAGGAGAAAUGCAUACAUUUAAAAACGAUACGCUACUUAUGCUUGUAUCUAUAAAAUGUCUAGCCAACUAGCUACAUUUCUUUUUACCACUUUACACAUGUAUUUUGGGAUUCCUCUGCUGUAAACUUAAUCUGCCUGAUGACGAGCUAGUCGAGGAGUCAUUUCAUACAAGCACAUUUGUUUCCAUGUUUCUUCUCCUCGACUCCUAUCCUCGAUUACCUUUGACCUUUUUCAAAAGGAGGAGAGGACAGAGGACAGAACGUGAGGAAUUGAGCAAACCCAAUUGAGAUUCUCUCAGUGUGUGACUGUGGGUGUAGGAGUGCAUGUUGUGGAGUGGGGGGGUGAAUGGCAGGGUCAACAACAGUUCCACCAGAAAUGCCACUGCUUAUUCAUAUUAUGAUGGUGAAGUCAAAGAGGAGAACCGUGAGCUAUCAAUGAAUACAAAACAUGAUCAUUAUCCUGCAGGAAGUCAUAUGAAGUGGUAGGAAGUGUUGGAGUGUGUGUAGGUCAGAGCGCAGUUUUCUCAGCUUUGUGAGCCUGGUGCUGGGUUCCAGAGGCCCAAACAUGGACUGUGAGCAUGUGACUGCAGUCAGAGCCAGGCUCCAGGCUCCAGGCUCCAGGCAGGCAGAGGGCCAGCCAUCAGCACACCCCAUCUGCAGCUCCACACUUUAAAAGGAGCUGCCGCAACACAACACCGGAGCGGAAACCGAUUGGAAACAAAGUGGAGAGGAAAAAUACAUGUCAGAGCUGUGGUGUGUGGAGCAUGUGUAUCAUCUCCCCUCAUUUAGUGACUUCAGAAUUACAGAUGUUUUUGUACUUAAUGUGUAUAAAGCCAUCGCUAAACGACAUAAAUAGACAUCUCUUUAGUAUUUAAAACAAUAAAGGGAAAACGUCAUAAAGUUUUACAGUGUUGACAUUUGUCUCUCUUUGAGGGGCUAGGUUACCAUCUGCUGUUCUAGGCUAGGUUACCAUCUGCUGUUCUAGGCUAGGUUACCAUCUGCUGUUCUAGGCUAGGUUACCAUCUGCUGUUCUAGGCUAGGUUACCAUCUGCUGUUCUAGGCUAGGUUACCAUCCUGUUGUGCUCACUCGGUCUCCCACCUUGCAGCUGUUUCCCAGAGCUCUCCUCCUGCUCUCCUGGCUGGGCAGCUCACACUGUUGUAACAGUCAGUCAGCUACAGUACUGUCACUGUUGAGUAGUCUGUCAAGUGUGCCACCCUGUGGUUAUAUGCAUGCAUACACAUAUAUUAUUUUGUUUACCUAAUGGCAGAAUAUGUUUGGAAUGUUCUCUGUAAAUACAUCUCCUAAAUGUAUGCCUAUAAUGCUUUUUUUAAACUAAUACUUUGUAGAGUGGCUCCCUCGUAUCUGCUUAGAUUGGGUAGAUAAAAAAGCUGUUAUGAGAGCAGUGUUUGUGGAGAGAAUAUCAUAUUUUAUCCUUACCAUCUCUCUGUUCAUCUCUUUCUCCAUCUCCCCACCGCUCCCUCUCUCCCUUUCUCUGUCUCACCAUCUCUCCGUCUCCGUCCUCUAGGGAAUGUGCCAACUGUAUGCCCCUGCUGGAGGUGGAGGACAUGAUGAUCAUGGGGAGGAAGCCUGACUCCAAGUGUGUGUUCACCUAUGUGCAGUCACUGGUCAACCACCUGCGCAGGCACGAGAUGAAACUCGCCAAACUCCAGGGCACCGACCUCUGAUCUGCCCCUCUGCUCACUGUGUAUCUUCCCCCAUCGCACCACUGUGCCCCUCCUCUCCUCCUGAGCCCUGGCCCCGAACACCACCCCUGACCCAACAGACAGCAGCCCUGACUCUGAGUGAGGGGUGUUACUGAUUUGCACAUCUCUGAUGGCCAACGGGGUGGGGAGUGUGUUUGUGUAGGUGUUGGCAUCCGUCUCAUGAUUAACUUGGUUGACGGUGGUGGCAUGUCAGACAGAUAAAUUCCCCUCCUCUGGACACAUACAGUUGAAGUCGGAAGUUUAC